AUGGGGCUCGAAGAAAAAACUCGCUCCUCGGGAGACCAUCCGCGGGAGCAGGAUGGCCCCGUUCUUCCCACCGUCAACCCUGCCGUCGAGCAGCAGCCUCCCAAGCCUUCACUUCAUCCUGCUUUUUACGUGACCGUCUGGAUCGCGCUGAGCUCAUCCGUUAUCUUGUUCAACAAAUGGAUUCUCGCUAGCCUCGGAUUCAAAUACCCAGUCAUUCUGACCACCUACCACCUGACUUUCGCGACGGUCAUGACCCAGCUUCUGGCCCGGUACACGACGCUUCUCGAUGGCCGGAAGACAGUUAAGAUGACGGGCCGCGUCUACCUGCGUGCCAUCGUCCCCAUCGGGUUCUUCUUUAGCUUGAGUUUGAUCUGCGGCAACCUCACCUAUCUCUACCUCAGCGUCGCUUUCAUCCAGAUGCUUAAGGCCACAACUCCUGUUGCCGUCCUGCUCUCCAGCUGGUCGUUGGGCCUUUCGCAGCCAAGCCUAAAAGUGUUCCUCAACGUGUCGGCCAUUGUGAUUGGUGUCAUCAUUGCCUCAAUCGGUGAGAUUAAGUUUGUGUGGAUCGGCUUCAUCUACCAGAUCUGCGGCAUCAUUUUCGAGGCGCUCCGCCUGACUAUGGUCCAGCGCCUGCUCAGCUCGGCCGAGUACAAGAUGGAUCCUCUGGUCUCUCUCUACUACUUUGCGCCAGUUUGUGCUGUCAUGAACGGUAUCGUUGCGCUCGUCUGGGAGGUGCCAAAGGUCACCAUGGCUGAGGUCUACAACGUCGGCUUCAUCAUCUUCUUCCUCAACGGCCUGUGCGCCUUCUUGCUCAACGUGUCGGUCGUCUUCUUGAUUGGCAAGACCUCCUCCCUGGUCCUCACUCUGUGCGGUGUGCUUAAGGAUAUCCUUCUGGUCAUCGCCUCCAUCAUCCUCUUCGGGACGACCGUCACGGCCCUGCAGUUUUUCGGCUAUUCAAUCGCUCUGUGCGGCAUGAUCUACUACAAGCUCGGCUACGAUGCUAUCAAGGGCUACGCCGCCGAGGCUGGUCGCCAAUGGGCCGAGUUCAGCAACCGCCGUCCUGUGCUGCGCCGCAUCUCUGUCAUCCUUCUUGUCCUGCUCCUGCUUGUCGUCCUGCUCAACGGCAUCUCUCCGGACUAUGCACCAUCCGUUGACACUACCAAAGUCCUGGAUGGUGCGAAGGCCAAGAUCGGCUUCUCAAACUGA